AUGGCAAACUUUGAUCAGUUGCCAUUGAGUUGUUUGCCAGCCAUGAAGUACCUAACAUUGUCUUUCCUGUUGAGCUGCCUGUUGGCCGUUGUACUGAGUGCCCCGCAGUUUCCAGGAUCAGGAUUUGGUUACGGAUUUUCACCCUAUGGAGGAUACGGAGGAUAUGGAGGGAGCUAUUCUUCAGCUAGCGCCGCAGCGAGCAGCAGUGCAGGAGGAUAUCAAGGGGGAUACGGAUAUCCUGGAUACGGGGGCUAUGGAGGAUUCGGCGGAGGAUAUGGCGGUGGCUAUCAGCAGCAGUACAAUCAGUUCAGCAACUACAACAACUACGGAUCUUCCGGCUACGGAGGCUAUCCAUUCGGCAGAUGA